AUGAACCGUGCAAUAAACAUCAAAGCGGGAACCGCUCAAGCACUCACGGAACAUGGCAUCCUUCCAGAUGUUCUUGUCUCCGCUUCGUCGUUCGAAUCGAAAGGCCAUCUUGUCUUGGAGUACCGUAGUGAAGGUUCUUCUUUACCGGUCACUCUUGGGAAUACUCUAGAGGUUUCGCAAACGCAGGAGGUUCCUUCCAUACUUUUUGUGGCGGAUAAGGAGGAUAGUAUCAAGAAGGAGGAUCUGUUUACUGUGGUGAUGACGGAUCCAGAUGCGCCAUCUAGGAAGGAUCAUCAGUGGUCAGAGUAUUGUCACUAUAUUCAGGGGAAUGUUCGGUUGAGCAGCGAUGACGGGGUUUCAUAUGGUAUUGGUGAAGGGGACGUGUUGGUCAAGUAUUUGGGGCCGGGCCCACCGGCCGGCACUGGGCCACACAGAUACGUGUGGUUGUUGUAUAAGCAGCCGGAGGGCCGGUGGCUCACGCAGGAGGAUGUGGUGGCUGCCAGCAGUUCGCGCAAGAACUGGGGCUGGACGGAUGUGGAACCUCCCGUGGGGGUAGAUCGGUGGGCCGGGGAGAAGAAUCUUGAGUUGAUGGCGGUCAACUUUUUCCUUGCUGAGUCGAGGUGA